UAUCGGCAAAACUUCUUUGUCACGUGAUCUUGAACGCCAUCUUGGAUUCAAGCCACGAGGUUUGUGGAGGAAAAAUAUAUUUACCGGGAUUUGUAGGAAUUAGAGGAUGCCCUCAAGUAAUCCCCUACCGCCCAAGGAAAACGCGUUAUUUAAGCGGAUAUUGAAAUGUUAUGAACAGAAACAAUACAAAAAUGGGUUGAAGUUUGCAAAGCAAAUUCUUGCAAACCCUAAAUAUGCAGAACAUGGAGAAACGUUGGCAAUGAAAGGUUUAACAUUAAAUUGUUUAGGGAGGAAAGAAGAAGCAUAUGAAUAUGUUAGACGAGGACUUCGUAAUGAUCUUAGAUCUCAUGUAUGUUGGCAUGUCUAUGGCCUACUGAUUCGUUCAGAUAAAAAGUAUGAUGAAGCUAUUAAGUGUUAUCGAAAUGCAUUAAAAUGGGAGAAAGAUAAUAUGCAAAUUCUUAGAGAUCUUUCACUUCUACAAAUUCAGAUGCGGGACUUGGAAGGAUAUAGGGACACAAGAUAUCAAUUGUUUAUGUUGCGACCUACUCAAAGAGCCUCAUGGAUUGGAUUUGGUAUGGCGUAUCAUUUAUUACAGGAUUAUGAAAUGGCAUUGAAGAUUCUUGAAGCAUUUCGCAACACUCAAUCAAAGAGUUCAUACGACUACGAACACAGUGAAUUGUUGUUGUAUCAAAAUAUGGUAAUUCAAGAAUCAGGAGCUUUAGAGGAUGCUUUGGCACAUCUUGAUCGUUACACUGACCAAAUUUGUGAUAAAUUGUCAGUAAUGGAAACUUGGGGAAAGCUGUAUUUGGAGCUUGGUCGCCAUAAAGAUGCGGAACGAAUAUACAAACAGCUUUUGCACAGAAAUCCUGAAAACACAGGAUACUAUAUUAAGUUACAAGAAGCCCUACAGUUGGAAACUUCCAUGGAUCGUUUGCGUAUGUUUGAUGAAUAUCAAGCUCUGUACCCACGUGCUUUGGCUCCUCGCCGGUUACCUCUUAAUUAUGCUAAAGGUGAUGAGUUUAGAUUAAUUGUUGAUAAGUACCUGAGACAAGGGCUCCAUAAAGGUGUUCCACCAUUGUUUGUGGAUUUAAGAUCUUUGUAUAAGGAUCCUGAAAAGAUUGAAAUUAUUCAAAGAUUGCUGCUCCAAUAUGUAGAUGCAUUGAAGAAGAUUGGAAAAUUCAGUGAAGAAGAUCCCAAGUCAAGUCCUAAAGAACCUGCAUCAGCACUUCUGUGGGCAUAUUAUUUUCUGGCUCAACAUUAUGAUUUUCUGGGUCAGACUAAACAAGCUUUAUCAUAUAUAGAGGCUGCUAUUGAUCACACACCCACACUAAUAGAGUUAUUUGUGGCUAAAGGCAGAAUAUACAAGCAUGCUGGUGAUGUCAUAGAAGCCUAUAAGUGGCUAGAUGAGGCUCAGGGACUUGAUACAGCUGACAGGUACAUUAAUUCCAAAUGUGCUAAGUAUAUGUUACGUGCAAAUCUUGUCAAAGAAGCUGAGGAGACCUGCUCAAAAUUUACGAGAGAGGGAGUUUCUGCCAUGGAGAACUUAAAUGAAAUGCAGUGCAUGUGGUUCCAAACAGAAUGUGCCUUGGCUUACCAAAGGCUUGAGAAGUGGGGAGAUGCUUUAAAGAAAUGCCAUGAAGUGGACAGGCACUUCUCAGAAAUCAUCGAAGACCAGUUUGACUUUCACACUUACUGCAUGCGGAAGAUGACGCUGCGCUCGUAUGUGGGUCUUCUUCGGCUAGAGGAUGUUCUGCGUGCACACCCGUUCUAUUUCAAGGCAGCCAAGUGUGCUAUUGAGGUUUAUCUGCGACUUCAUGAUAAGCCUGUGCAGGAUGAAACUGCGCAGCAGGAGCUUAACACAGAGAACCUGGCGCCGGCGGAGCUGAAGAAGCUGCGCAACAAGCAGCGCAAGGCGCGCCGGAAGGCGGAGCUGGAGCGCCAGCAGGCGGCGCAGGCACAAGAGAAGCGCGAGCAGCACAACAAGUCGCGGCAGCAGGGCGACGCGGAACCCGACGCGCCGCCGCAGGACGAGCUCGUGCCCGAGAAGCUGGCCCGGGCGGAGGACCCCCUAGAACAGGCCAUCAAGUUCCUCCAGCCGCUGCAGACGCUCGCCGCCAAGCGAAUAGACACGCACCUCAUGGCCUUCGAAAUCUAUUCCAGAAAAAAAAAGCCAUUACUUAUGCUCCAGUCUGUGAAGCGGGCUUAUCGCCUUGAGCCUGACAAUCCUCGGUUGCACAGAUGUUUGAUUCUAUGUCAUGGCUAUAUGGAGAAGUGUGCUGGGUCUCUGGAGGCUCCAGUUGCUACAGUAAUUCAACGAGAAUUAGCUCCUAUAUUCAAGGGGAAGGAUGCAAAGCAGUUGAAUGCAGAGUUCCUAGCUGCCCAUCCCAAUUCCCUUGAAGCUCUCUUUGAAGGGUCUCGGAUGUGGUACUAUCUGGAUCCAACACAACAAGAAGCUGCUAUUAAAUUGUGUACAAAAUUGGAUAAAAAUAUUGAAGGCAUUUGCAUUAAAAACUGCACAGUGAUUUUGCAAUCUCUCAAGAGCAAUGACUUUGGGCCUUGCCCUACUGCUGUAGUGGAUUAUGAAGCUCGCUGCCAUGCCCUCUUCCCAUACGCAGAGACUUUCCGACCAGCAAACAGCUCAACCCAAGCUCCGCCAUGUGAUAGUAACCAUCUGGCUGACAUUACCAAGGAAAACUGCAUUGGCAACUGAUGUUGGGCUUCCAUCUGUAGGUGGCAAUCGGAGUGGAGCACAGGCCAUGCAGGCUACGCCUUGCCCAAAUGACCUGCGCCCUGCUCAUCUGAGGUGGGGCUCCUGGAUGGUGCAACGUGAUGAAUAAUGGUUUCAGUCAUUUGGUCCUUAACACCAUAUAUAAUUGAAUGCUGAGGCUGUACAAUACAAUCUGUGCUAAAGUGGAAAUGGGUGUGCUAGUGUGUUGUGGAGAGAGACAAUUUCUUUGUUUACCUAAUUCAUUUAUUUGGGAUGUAAGAAUUCUGCAAUGUUUUCUGGCAAAUGCAGUCUUUGUUGAGGUUUCUCUUUUGAAAAUUGAUAAGAAAGUACAUGCCCUGUUAAUCUUGUGCUGUAGGUUAGAGGAAAGCUCCUGAGCAUUCUAGAUAAAUGACACAAUGAUUAGAAAGAAAUUUAAAUUCCUAUUAUUUAAUGAAUCUUUGAAUAGGCAUUAAAAAUAGAUAAUACUUUUUUUUAAACCUGCUGUAGAUAAUCUUAAAACAUUUGUUGCAGAAUACUUAUGUUCUCUGUAGUUUAUAGGAAAGAAGUCUAUAGUGAAAACAUGAAAUGAUUUAUUGUGUUGUACAGGACAGACUUGAAUGUUGUGAAAUUUGAAACAUAACAGUGCAUUAGAGAUCAUAUUGAUUAACUGAAACUUGAAUCAAUUUUUUAAAGAGUCUUUUUCUCACUCGGGAUUGAGUGUGAAGAGGCUGGCCAGCGUUUACCUUUUGUGUGUGAUGUAUUCUUGGUGUCAGUCAUUGAGGCUUCAUAAUAAACCUGUUGGUUGGAGUUGACAAACAGAAUACAUAUGCCUCCACAAAGAAGUGCAUUGUGACAUUCAGAAGAAACUCAGGUUACGUACAGAACGCUGGAAUAUUAAGGCUCAUCCCUUCAAGACUGGAACAGUGCCUGCACAAGGAAGAACGUCUCGGACAUCGGUCUUGCCAGUCACUUUCCUUUUUAAUUUACAUUAAUUUGUUUCUAAAGAGACAGUGAAAUUGGCGUGAGUGCGUCCAUUUUUUUAAUGAACAAUUUUGUCGUCUUAGUCACAACCCUGUGGCCCAUUCAUUGAUAUCAAUCAUUAGAUUCUCAAAUAUGUACGUAAUCAAAGAACUUGUGUCCCAAGGCUUUUUUGAAGGAAUAGCAUUGUAGACGACCCAAUAAAUCUUGUACUGAAAUUGCUCGGAGCAUCUGGAACAUUCAGGACAUAAUUAUAAUCUUCCAUUUAACUUCCUGUAGUCAUAACUAUUGUACCCAAGAAAAAACCUGUAAAAGGAAAUGGACUUUUGCGUAUAGUUUAAUUUGUGUAUUGGUAAUUUAAGCCAAAAAUAUUAAUUGUGCUUAUUAAUCUGUUACAAGGAACAAAACUGCAAGAUUUACUUUUGAGCAAUUCUAAAUGAACUGACAACUGGGCUCCCUUCUGUGCCAUGUACACUAGUUAUGUCCUUGAUGGUUCAGAUUGUUAUGUUUUUUCCUGCCAGUAUCUUUUGUAUGAAGGGUUUUCGAUACCUAAUGGCUUGGCAGGGAUAUACUGAUAUUAAUUUAAAUGAUUCAGUUUGUAGUAGCAAAUAAAAUACUCAGUUCCAGCAGAACAGGCAUCACUAAUGUUUAUGAAAAUAAAGGGGAUAAACAGUUUGCUAAAUGUGACAUUUUACAUUGCAGUUGCUCCUAUUUUACAUCCUUUUCUCACAUUAAAUUGAAAAUGACUGUAAAUACAUGUAUGGUACUGAGUAUUUUAGAGUAAAUCAUGAAAGCAAGAACUUCCCCAUUGGUUAAUGGAACAUAAGCAUAUGUUUUUAAUUCGUGUAGAUAAUGUAUUUAUCUAGUGAGGAGUCUACCUGGUACUGGAAGAUGUACUCCUUAGAUAUUUUUUUGUUAAUAGAUUAUUUAUUUGAGACCCAUGUGUGAACCCCCAGAACAUCUUAACUAGACAGCAAAAUGGAAUCCUUGCAGGGGACUGAGCUUUAUAUGGUCUCUCUUGUUCCAUGUUUUUUAAAUGACUGUACAUUGUAUUUUAUUUCCUACUACUAAAUAAACGUGUGUUGCAGGAAAAGAAGGUAAGAAAUCAACAAUGAUGGAA